UGAGCAAAGAGGCCCUGGUGAUGACUGUGGCAAGCAGAGGCAGUCGAGGCAGUUACGAGCGAGGACUCUGGGACCAGACUGCUGGGCUUGAAUGUGGUGCACAGGUGGGCACCUCUCAGCACCUCGGUGUUCUCAUUGGUAAAAGGGAGAACAGUAGUACCUACCUCAUAGGAUUGAUUUGAGGGUUAAAUUAGUUGAUGGAUAUAAAGCUCUUAAAACAGCGUGUAACGUGUAGUAUACUUAUAUAAGUGUUAUUUGAGAUUUUUUUUUAUUGCUAUAAGAGAAACGUUUGUUAUUCAAUUCAGGUGGUUGCUGCCAUGGAGGGUUAGCUGGUUUUUAAAGAAAAUGUGGAAAUACAUAUUUAUGUGUCAAAUUCCUUUGCUUUAAGUAUUCUCAAACAUCCUGUAAGCCAAAUAAAACAUGUUUGUGAUGGCCAAGUUAGGCUUAUUAGCCCCGUUGUGUGGUAUUUUUCUACAGUAACAUUCAGCUCCUUGGGUGUGAGCGUGGAGAAGGCAGAUAGUUGGGGUUAACUGAGAGUGAGGGCUUGCUAGUUGAAUAGAAGAGGGAGAGUGGCCCAAGACUCAGGGUUUGCAAGGGCAGGAGGUAAUGACAGGCCAUGGCAACUAAGUGGCCAAGGAAGUGACUAAACAUAGUGUGGGGACAAAAUGUGGUCAGGUCCAUGGGUUGGAAGUCUUAGUGCAGACAAAGAAUUGUUGAAGUGGGGUUUUUACCUAAAGUGAGAUGGAAGGAUAGAAGACUGUGAUCGGAAAGUGUGAUAUUUGAGUUUUCAUGUUUGGAGUUGGUAUCAUUAGCAAUGGUGCCAGGAGACAGCAGUGAACAUGGGGGAUAGUGGUUAGGGUGGGUGGAGGAAAAGGUGGCUGGAGUGGCCGGCUAGGGUUGUCUGGUCAACCAUGUGGAUGCAAAGCUCCAUGAGUGUUUAUAGGAAUGGCGAUGCAGAGGAAGACACUGAGCCACGAGUCAAAACAUUAGUGGAAAGGUUUGAAGUGAAAGCACUGAGGAGGUAUAGCAGGAGCUAAUGACAUGAUCUUCAGAGGAUCUAGAUUUUGAUCAAGAAUGGAGGAAAAAAAAUAUUUUUAAGUUACAAUGGGGCAGCCUGGGGGAACCUUCUUCUUCUGGUCCCUGAGACACAUGGGAUAGGGGAGAUAAAAUAGACUCCCUUUGAGAGCACUUCAAGGGAAGUGAUCAAAUCAAGGGGACAACCAGGUUUCAGUUAAGUCAAGGAGCACAGGAGCGUUCAGAGAGAGGCUGGAGCCUGUAGGAGCCUUACUGAUCAAGUUCCAGGCCUAGGAAAGGGUUGAGGAGGAAGAUGAGCGAUGAGGGAUUGGAGUAGAUUAGGUGAUUGUCAUAAAAAUGUGGAAAUGGAAGUCCUGGAUUUUGCAGGUGAGUAAGACAAAAUCUUGCUGGAAUGCUCCUUUAACUAAAAUGCUCUUUUAGUUAAAAGACCAUUUCUUGGUAGUUUGGAAUGGUAGACCAUUCCUCUACUGGCUGCUUCCAGGAAGGCUCUGUCACAUGGAACCUCUUAGCCUCAGCUGUCCGGAACUGCAGGAAGUGGCUCUUUCAAACCAGGUAGAAUUAUACAUAAAUCCUUUUUUUGAAACCUUCAGCCUUCAAGAUCAAGAUACCUGAAGAUCCCAACAUCAUGACCUCAGUUUCAACACAGUUGCUCUUGGUCCUCAUCUCACUGCUUCUGGUGCUGCCUGUUGUUGAAGCAGUAGAAGCUGGAGAUGCAGUCGCUCUCUUGUUAGGUGUGGCUCUCAGCAUUACAGGCAUUUGCGCUUGUUUUGGGGUAUAUGCACGAAAGAGGAAUGGACAAAUGUGACUCUGAUGGGCCUUCGCUAUCAAACCUUGCCUGGAAAACCUUUCUGUUAUUGAGGUUAAAAACUGAGCUUUAAUGUCGAAAGGUUCCCAAGAAAUAGGGUAUUUUCACAUUCUUGUCUCCCUGUAAAUGGGAACAAAUUAAUAUUUGUUAAAUGGGAAAAAAAAAAGUUUUCUUCACAACAAAUAAUGCAAUGAAAAAGCAGUCUAUAAUUCAUAUAUGCUAGUUAGAGGAAAGAGAAGUCAGAUGACUGAAAUUUACAUAUUAUUUCAUAAUUUCUCGGAAUUCUCAAAGCGCAUGAAAUAGGAAGAAGAAAACCCUUGCCCAGAAUCCUAGGAAACUGCCAGUUCCUCCAUCACUGAGGAGUCUUUUCUCCAUAUUUUUAUUAGAUUUUUGUUUGUUAACUCCCAACUUAAUAUUGUACUUAGAUAUCAAAUACAGUCAGUCAAAUAAAAUUUUUAUUUCUUGGGGGGGGUAAGAAAAAUAUCUAAUGUUAA